UAUAUUAACAAGAAUAAUAAUAAUAAAUAUAAAAAUUAAAGGAAAAUAAAAUUCAAUUAAAUGUCAUAGAAUUCUCGGAUGUCAUAAAAUGCAUUAAUUGAUAUGUUUCUUCAAACAAAAACGUCACUUUUGACACUGACAUAUCAGAUCCAUAUCGAAUAAGACCUAUAAUAUUUGAUUUAUUUUAAAAUUCGAAUCGAGCACCUUUUAAAAAAAUCUUGUAAAUUUUCCCAAAUUAUCAUAAACAAACUCGCAAAGCAAAUUAGAAAUAUUAAAAUUCAACUCACGAACAUAUCAUUUCAAAAUCAACUGCCUAUAAGAAUCGGUCAACAGGCAAAAGUACGUAUCCUCAAAUAUUGUGAUAAUGCGAGCAUUUGGGGUCAAGUGGUCUUUUCAUUCUUUUUUUCGUUCAAAUUGACGCUCAGCCACUUUGCGGCCUAAAUAAAUAUUUUUCUAUCGAGAAAACAGGUCCAUAUUAGAAUACAUCUCGUCUGUUUUGUUAUUUGCGUAAUGGCUGUUGUUACGCAAGGAAAGAAUGCAUUAAAAUUGAAAAAAGUAAUUCAAAUUCCCUGUUUUGAAAGCUGAGGGCCUACCGCGAAAUAUCUGCCUAUUAAAGAAAUUAAAUAAGAUAAAGAAAUUUCAAUUUUUGUUAUUCGGAAUAAAAUGUCGAUGUAAAUAUUUUUUUAAUACAGUUGAUCAAAAAGUGCUACUUUACGUAGCCGGUUAACGUGCGAAAAUUUGGAUAUCGCAAACUAGUGCUUUUUACUUUUCCACUUGUUCCAAUUCAUGACUACUUAUUGAUGAGUGUUAAUGUUAGUUUCCUUUAAAAGUCGUAAUCAACAUAAAAACCUACUGUUAAUGUGAAAAUAAUAAAUGUAAGCAUAUUUCAUAUUUUAUUACUUACCUCUUCAUCAUUAUAACACGUUUAUUUUUUAAUAUUGAAAAACCGUUCUUAAUAAGUUGUCUGAAUGGAACGGAAUAGCUGCCGAAACGCCUGUUAAAGCAGCGGCGUUUUUUUUUACCGCAAGAAUGUUUUAAGUUUCCAAAGGCAACAUUCGAUAUUGUUUUCAUACAAUUUAAAUAUACGAUACACAAAUAAUCGUAAAUAACGAUACUUAGGUAAUAAUAGUAUAAUAUUUUAUAUUUACAAUUGUUUCUGUCUUAAAGUAAAUGCAUAAAAAAAGUUCUCAUUGUUUUUCUUAUUUUUUCGCAACUGUAUUAAAAAACGUCGUUCGCUACACGUGCGGAAAUGUCAUUCUUCACUCGCCCCGAGUCUUGUCAUUCGCCUACGGCUCGUGGCAAGAUAUCUCGGUACUCGUGAAGUAAUGACAUACUUUCCGCACUAGCAACGAAAUGUACUAUUUCUCCACACCAACUGGUAAAGGCUCUGUUGAUUGUUAAAAAACUGAUAUAUGCAUGCAUUUUAUCCAAAUGCUAUGUUUUUUUAAUACAAUUUUGGUGUUUGACGAUCCUUUUGUGAGUUUCUUAUUAUUAAGUUUGACGUAUCUGUAAUAAUUGCAUCAAUAAAUUGCUCUGAUAUUUAGAUUCAGAUGAUAUUUGUAUAAAUUGACGAUUUAAAAGUGCUUGUUGCUGGCCUCUUUGAAUAAAGAAUAUAUUGAUAAUGUAGGGCAAAGUAAUUUGAUGCAUUUUGUGAGUAGUUCCCUUAGCUGUCUCCUUUUAAAUCUUGAAUCGGUUAAAAAAGCCAAUGACUGUUAUAAAGUAUUUAUUUUUUAUUUUUCUUAUGUUUUAUAUGAACUUGCAGUUCUUACCUCCCGGCGCAAAAAGGGGUGUUAUAAUUAUAACUGAUGCGCCAACAGCUUCAUUCGCUUCGCUUAAGAUUCAGACAAUCAGACCAAUUCGAACGCGCACUGUCAAAAUCAUUCAGUUGUCCUGCAUUUCGCUCGUAUUUAUCUGACGCGAGCGAGCCACACGUUAGCUAAAUGACAUCAUUCUGAUGUCAGUGCGCGUUUGAAUUGGCCUGUAGUUUAUUUCCCUCUCGCACUAUAGGGGCCACCCCCUAAAAUUAAAAAAAAAACAAUGGUUGCGGAAACCCGGAAAAAAGAAAAAAAAAAGAUAUUCAAUAAAAAAAAGAUAUUUAACGUUAUUUAUACACGUCCAAGCAGUGUUUUUUCAACCCUUAGUCAUUCUCGUCUUUUGUACAUUUUGUAUUGCAUUUUUGAUAUGUUUAUAUGACUGUAAAACAAAUCUCCGAGAGCUAAUAAUAUGUAUAGGUUUUUGGGUUAGGGCCUCAGGGGUUGGGUUGGGUUACUGAUCCAGUUUUACUAUGGGUCAAACCUCAUCACGAAAAAUAAUAUUGCAGUUUCAUACCUGCAAUAGAGAUUUCACAAUUACUUAGAUCUCGAUUUAUCUAUUGUUCCUAUGGGAAAACCAUUUUUUUAUUUAUAUGAUUCGUUCCAUAGUAAACGUUCAAUUGUGUAAGGGUUGAAAAACACCCAUAAUAUGAUUUUUUCGUAUUAUACAGACACAGGAGAUUCCUCAUUUAGGUAAAGUAAACUGCGAAAUUGCAUGGAGAAAUUAUGAAUGAAUUCAUUUAUAAAGUCGUCAUGUUUUGCGACUGAUGGUACUUACUUGGUUUUAUCAUCUUGACAAGCUUUGUUCAAUCAAUAACAAAAGUUAAUCUAGUUCCAGCCAAACGUUUCCUUUGAAGAAAUUCAUUUCAUUCAUCCUUAAGGAAUGUAAUGGUGUUUACUUCUCCCAUAUUUAGAAGAUAAACAUCACUUUUUUUACACUUCACACGGCCAACAUUAAAAAACUCAAAAUGGACAACCGCGUGAACAACAGCCCUUAUUCAAGUUCUAACGCUUUUACAAUGUGUGCGUGAAUCAUGCUAGUGUGUGUGCCUCUGCAGGUAUCGGACGGGAGGCUCCUCAGUUAGCUUCGGGCGUCCGAGCUUGGAGCAUGAAUGUGUCAAGCUGCGUCGCGUUUGAAAAUCGAACGCGAUUGGUCGAACGCACGACGAUUUAAAAAUUCGAAAUUCAAAAAUUUUUGACGGUUGAGUGCGCGAAUUGUGAAGUGUUAGUGACUUGAUCUAUAACUUGGAUGGGUGCGGAUGAAAAUUGAUGAGUGUUGCGUGAUAUUUAAUUUUUGUGACAGUUUAGUGACAAGUAUUGAUGUGUUCCAAGUGAUAUUAUGGAUGGAUGAAAUUUUGUGCGGUUCCACAGUAAAGGAAUAUCAGUAGAGGAUAUUGCUGUCAAGAGUAGACUGGCGUAUGUAAGUGCAAAGGGCUCCAGACGUUUUUACUAGCGUUGGUUGGCGUUUGGAUGGACAUGUAAUCGAGUGUAGUGUCAGUGCAGUGUAGUGAGUGAAUGCGUGAGUGCCAUGUGCGAGCGUCGGGCGCACGGCGCGCGAGUCGUCGCCUGGCUAGCUCUGAUGGUACUAGGAACGAAUGCCUUCGACACGGAGGAUUUUCUCAGCGAUCUUGAUAAACCAGUGCCAACAUCGGACGUGCAAGGCGUGCUGGGGAAGAAAGCAUCCCUCCCGUGCGACAUCGCACCGCUGCAGCAAAACGACGAAGUGGUCAUGGUGCUUUGGUUUAAGGAGAGCGGCGGGGAACCUUUAUACAGCUACGACAUCCGCGGCCGCACCGCCAACCAACCGAAGCUCUGGUCGUCCCCCUCGGUGUUCGGGAACCGCGCGUACUUCAGGGCGAGCGCGACGCCGGCGGUGCUGAUGGUCGACAACGUCAUAGCGGUGGACGCGGGACUGUAUCGAUGCAGGGUGGACUUCAAAAACUCACCCACCAGGAACCUGAAAGUUAACUUCACUGUUAUUAUACCUCCAAAUCGGCCCACGAUAUACGACUCCAAAAGAAGAGAUAGAACGAAGCUAGUGGAGCCGUACAAUGAAGGAUCAAAUGUGCAGCUAACCUGUGAAGUAGAAGGAGGCCGGCCAAGACCCUGGGUGACCUGGUACCUCGAGAACACAGUGAUCGACGACUCCUACGAGCAGCGUGGUGACGGCGUGACCGUCAACACGCUGACGUUCCCCAACGUGGGCCGGCAGCACCUGAACGCGCGGCUGGUCUGCCAGGCCGCUAAUACCAACUUGGCGCCGCCGCAGACUAAAGUGCUCAUAUUGGAUAUCAACUUGAAGCCAAUCACAGUGACGAUAAUAACGAAAGAAAAGCAAGUAUCGGCAGACAAAAGGUACGAGAUCGAGUGCAAGACGACAGGCUCGAGGCCUGAGGCCUCCGUGUCGUGGUGGAAGAACAACAGGCAGCUGAAGCGGAUGGCAAAAAACUUCUCAGAAAACAACGAAACACUAAGCGUCCUCAGUCUCGUACCGGCAGUAGAAGACGAUGGCAAGUACCUUAUGUGCCGGGCGGAAAACAAGCACAUUCCCGACUCGGCCAUCGAAGACAAAUGGAGGCUUAAUGUGCACUACGUUCCGAUAGUGGAUCUGAGGAUGGGCUCCAGUCUUAACCCGGACGAGAUAAAGGAGGGAGAUGACGUGUACUUCGAGUGCUCCGUGCGGGCUAACCCUAAAGUGCAUCGGCUAGUGUGGUUCCAUGAUAACACCGAGAUCCUCCACAACGAAGCUGACGGCAUCAUACUCAGCGCCCAGAGCUUGGUUCUCCAGAGGGUAACCAGGGCUGCGGCUGGCGAUUACACCUGCAUGGCCGCCAACAGCGAAGGGAAAGGCACUAGCAAUCCCGUGUCCUUGCUGGUCAGAUACGCUCCAGUAUGUGCCCAACAACGCGAUGGAGAACUCUUCGGAGCUUUGAAGCACGAAACCGUGUCCUUACACUGUUCCGUCGACGCCAACCCGGCUGUCACGUCGUUUCAUUGGACGUUCAACAAUUCGGGAGAGCAGACUGAUCUAGCGCCUAAGUUAUUCAACAGCAACGGCCACAAGUCAACGUUGAACUAUACUCCCACCACCGACAUGGAGUACGGCACGCUGAUGUGUUACGGGAAGAACUCAGUGGGCCAGCAGAAGGUGCCGUGCUCGUUCCAGCUGGUGGCGGCUGGCCGUCCAUUCCACCUGCAAAACUGCACGGUGGCGAACCAGAGCAUCGACUCCUUAUAUGUGGAGUGCGUCGAGAACUUCGAUGGUGGUCUUCCCCAGACCUUUCUCAUGGAGUUGCUGGAGCUGCCAUCUUUGAUUGUCCGCUACAAUGUGUCUACAAACCGAACACCCCCUUUCUUCGAGAUCAAAGGGCUGCCGCCCGGCGUCAGCUAUCGCAUCGACUUAUACGCGGUCAACGCAAAGGGUCGAAGCGACGUGUCAACAAUUGAAACUGUCACCCUGAAAGGACAAGCCAAGUAUACUGGUGAAAGCAACACGCUUGGUGUCUCACCAGUCUUAGCUUCUAUAGCGGCUAUGUCUGCGUUGCUGGCUACAGCGGUGUGUGGAGUGCUGGCGGUCCUGUAUAGGAAACAUGCUAAUAGACACCGAGGGUUACCGGCGAAACAUGCGCCGUUGAGCGAGGCAAUGUACAUGGAGCGCGCCGCGCACACCCCCACCCCCGUAAAAGAAGAGGAGUCGCGCGCGAGCAGCGCCGCGCCGCGCGGGGACGCGCGCGGGCCGCGCGGCGCGCUGCUGCGGGCGCCCGAUCCCAGGGAAGAUGACGCUGACCCUGAUAUCAUACCUUGUUUAUAUGAACGGAGGCCAGUCUCCAACGGCUACAUGAGCUUGCAGCGGCCUCCCUCGGCCUCCAAGAUGCCGAAGGUGGAAGAGAUCCGCGCGGACCCCGACGGGGCCUACUACGCGGACUUGAAGAAGAAGGAUUAUAGAAUACCUUUAACUAGUUCGUAUCAUAGUUUAGGACGAGUGAACAAAGGCGUGAACGCCUGCAGCCCAUCCUCGGCUACGGGCGUGACGUCAUCGCUUACGGCACACCGACUCCGGCCCGAGGUCGUCACGACGUCGCAUCGGGUGCAAGAAAGCUGUAUAUAAGUAGAUUAGGUUCGGGUAUGGCGCUUGGAAGAAAACAAUAUGAAUUAUAGUUGGUUCAGGAAGGUAAUCUUUGGGAACAGUCCCGAGGAAUUAUUUAGGAAAGAGUUCAAGAAGAUAUUCUAUGUCAUCUUGAUUGUUCAGACUCUCCUGACAGAUGGAAUAUUAAUGCGCAAUACAGCAAUAUCUCAGAUAAAUGUCACUAUCCUGUUUAUAGCCUUACGUCUAUGAUCGUGUGUCAUGUAACACAUUACGAGCACAGAUGAUAGAAUUGAAAUAUAUAUUAGACCUACAGCCAGGACAGCAGGAUAGUGGUAAUAUUUAGUCAUUUGGAGCCGGGGUCAACAUCGUACUAGCAUGAUACUGACAAGUCAGGUAAGAUUUAUUAUGAAAUUUUGCGGAGUAGAGUGAACUAAGUAACUGCACUGGCUUAUGCGAGAAAGCAAUAUGCUUCAGUUAACCUUUCGUAUGCGCCUGUCAAAAAAUUAAUUAAUUUAGCAACCGUGACAUCUUCAUGUUUAAGAUGAAUUUGGUUGAAUAUAUAUGGAGCUGAUCUACUCCUAAGCAUACCAAGGGUUAAGGGAAGGAAUAACAAUCAAAAUUGAAAUUUGUUAUUCUAAUAUCAAUCAUACUUACUGUUCUGUUGCAGCGAUCCGAAGUGGAUCUAGGCCUCCGACACCAAAUAAUGCUUCCCUUUCCAAAGCCGUUUCUGUCCAAUCGAUGGCGCCGAGUUCGCUAAGGUCUUUAUGCUAUGAUUUAGCCAACCAUGAUUUUAACUAAUACCCCGGCUCUAAUUAAGAUAGUGACUCUGCACAAAUAUCAGGAUAACGCGCAAAUAAUUUUAGAAUUUUGUAAUGUCUUGCUCAAUGGAUAUGAAUAUGGGAAUAAUCAUGUGUUAGCGCCAUUUCCCUUCAAAUUAAGCCUGCAGUCAGAUCUUGGAUAACACUAAGUAAUUAUUUACAAAAAACUGAAUAAAUUAUCUGUUAAGAAAAUCUACAAGUAACUAAAAAUCAAUAAAGUCUGGUAUCGCAACGCAGCGACCACGUAAUAUAUCCAGGCUAACGCAAAAAGUAAUAUUUUUUAUACAAGAGCGGUGAUUACAAAAGUUAUCGACUGACAAAAAACAAACGAAGCGCACAGAAGUUCUUUGUUUAACCUUGAGUAAAAAAGUUUUCUAAUUACCAAGACCAUAAAAUGUAAAACGGAUGUCAGUCAUGGUAAAUAAUAUGCUGAGUUUUUUGCCGGUCCUAUAUUGGGAUACCUUCCUACAAUUUAGCAGGGAUUUAAAUCUUUUCGGGUCAGAGAUAUAGGGCCGGCGUAGCUUUAUUUGACGUUCAUAAGCGCAUUGUAAUAUGCCUACUUGGAAAAUAAACUAUCUUUAAUCUUUAUGCAAGGAAAGAUGUUAAACAUCAAAAUUAUCCAUAUUAUUUUUAUUUUUAUCUUAUCUUUUAUUUUUAUCUCCGCCUUAUUUAGAAGUAUCUGUUUUCUAAUUACCGUGGCCAUAUAAAAUACAAGUAAAGAGUUAUCGUUAUUAUAAACCUAAGUAAAGAUUGCUAAAAAUGUUGAACAUCUCGGUUAUCUAUCUGACUGCAGUUCCCUCCGAUGUAAAUUCUCCGUAUUAAAUAAGUAUUUGACUGUGUUCCUUUAGAGCUCCUAUUGUAUGUAAUCUUUUACGAAUUUUGUGUACAAAUAAAUAGUUUAAGAGUGUGAUACGUUUCGUUUCGAUGCUAUUAUAGAACUUUUAUAUGAGGCCUAAGAACUUUGUAUUUUUUUUAGUCACUAUUAGCUCAACUGUAAUACCUAAGAGAUGUGAAAGGAAAACACCUCUUUUAUGUAACUUCAUUUCAUUAUCUUCUUGCCAUGUUCCAUUGUUUUGAUUUAUUUGUAAUCUCGAAUGUUAUCAAGCAAUUAAUGCCUAAAAAUAUAUGUGACGUUUUCAAUCAAAAGAUACUACUUUUAGCACGAAAUUUGCUUGUAUCUUCAUACGAAUAAAAUAUCAGAGUGUCAUUAUGGCAAGCGACAACACGGUACCUUUUACUUGACAACGACACAUAUCAAUAGUAUUAAUAUUUCUUAGAAGCGAAGUAUAUCGCUCCUUUGUUCAACUACAUCAUGCUAUAUGUGUCCAAAUAUGAAUAAAACUGGAAUUACUGUAUCAUAAUUAUAUGAUUUCCAUGAUGAAUUCACUGCCUCUAAACAUUUUAUUCAUUUUCCAGAGAAGAAGUAAAACGUAUGUCACAUUUACAUUUAAUUUAUUCCACGAAAUGUCUAGACAACGUAACAAUAAAUAAAAGAAUUUCUAACUACACACACGAAUUCACAAUCAAAUAAGAAAGCUUCUAAAGAAUAGACGUAUGAAAAAUGGACUAAAGAAUUCUCGAAGUUAGAGCCAUUCUUAGAAAUAACAAACAUAACACAUUAAAGUAACAAAUGAAUAACUUACAAAUGUUUCAAAAAGUUAAAAGAAAAACUAACAUAGUUAAAGAUAGGUAACACAGCGUAGGCGAUAAUAAAUUGGAUAAACAUUUAAUACCGGUCAAGGCUCCGUUACAGGGAAGGCCGAAAAAGUAAUUUAGUUUAACACCCUGCAGAUCGAUCUAGAAGAAGUUGUAGCGGGCCUCUAAAUGAGCGGAUUGUCUGAUAAAUAAAUUCUAUACUUGAAAAAUAAAUAUGGCCGCAGAUUUGCUACAAAAUUUGUUCGCUCUGUUUUUCUUUUGACAAUCUUUUAUUAAACCUAUAAAGCAAUUAUUUUAGCAAAUAGUUAUGAAGGUGCUCAACAAUUUACUUAUGGAACAUGUCGUGUUUACAAAUGAACACAUACUCGUAGCAAUUAGCAACAACCUGCAAAUCACGUUGAAGUAAACGAACAUUCCCUUUAUUAUAUAAAUUAUAAUUAUAGUAUUUGUCUUACAAGCCAGUCUCUUUUGUACGAAUUGCCGAAAUGAUAAGAUAGAUAGAUAGAAUGCGUUUUUAUUGGCAUACUUCAGUAAAAGAUACAGUUUAAAACAAAACAAUCGAUUAAUGAAGGAGGCUGACAACAGUUACUUACAGUUAGUAGUUACCUAUAGAUAUUAUUCUUUCUAAUUUAUUCAAUAGUAAUAAUGUCAAAUGGUUUUGAUCUACGUUUUUCCAUCAAAUUUCUAGUGCUAUAAUUCGCGCAUGCGAUGUAUUUUAUCAACAACCCCUUUAGUAGCCAGGUCUGCAGAGCCGUCUUGGUACAAAACUUUACCCGGAAGCCAAUUCGAACGUGCAUUUGACAUCAAAAUGAUGUUAUUUAGUAAAUAAAUAAUUAUCGCGACCAUUUCGCUCGAGACGCUCGGGCAAAUGAUAGUAAAAAGACAUAAUUUAGAUACCAUUUUAAUGCCAAAAUGUAAGUUUGAAUACAUUAAUUGGCCUCCCGCUUUUUGCCUAGCCCCACCAACGCCUUGACGGCCACACGCGAAGCGCCGUUAAAUCGAACGACAACAUUUAUCUACCAGUUAACUCAAUAUCCCAGUUAGCCUUGUUGUCUGUUGCCGCGCAGGUUAUAAGUUUCACACAUACAUUUUAAACGGGUGUAAAAAAUACACAUUCACUUUAAACGGAGUUUUAUGAGGUUUUAACUGACAAUGGGCAAAGUUAUCUAUUGUCAAACAGUAUUAAAAAGGGCGUGAAAAGUGACGUUUAUGGUAGAGUUAUGACUCGAGUUUAAUGCUGUAAUAUUUUCCCGUGAGAUUUUGAGAGUACAUAACAAUCUUUCAAUUGAAUGGGACUUACUGUAGCGUUUUGUGAUAGUUAAUUCAAAUUAUAUUAUACCAGGUGUUUCCUGUAACAAGAACUUUAAAACUAUAGGCUGUACUCCUCAAACUUACCAACAUUUGUUCAGCAACAUUUAAAAAUAACUUAUUUUUUAAUUUUUAUUACACAUUGAGGUUAAUUCUAAGACGCAAUGUAUUGCGAUUUUUUUAACGCUUAAAGCGUGACAAGCAUCGUCAAACACACUGAUGUUAGCGUACAUUGAAAAUAUUAUAAAAUCUGUAUGAAAAAGAUUAAAUCUAAAGAUUUUUAAAUUUUUAAAAGUUGUUAAUCAAAAGUUAUAUCGUUUUAGGAGUACAAUAUAUGGUUUAAUUAUUUGCUUGUGUUACAGGAAACACCCGGUAUAGGUAAUAUGUAACCAAAAAAAUCAUUCGGAACAACCAAUGCCUCGCGUGUUUAACAUAUUUGGUUUCGCGUUUUUGCGAGCUAUCUUAAUCUUAUUAUUAUGGUACUUAAGUAAUUUAAAAUAUUUCAAUUCUAAUCAUGACAAUAAAUACAAAUAGGUAAUUGCGAUCAAUAAUAUUUAUAUUCGUAAAAAACUUGUGUUUGUAGAUAAUAAUCUAGGCACGAGAAUUCUUUCGCUCAUUGACUAAUCAUUUAUUUAUUGUAGCUUUGAUUAUAAUAUUUGAAGAUAUACUUGCCAUAUAAUCACCGUUUAUGAAACUUAAGAAUUCUAUUACCCUAUUUAAUUUAACAUAAAUAAAGGUCUACAAUAUUACUUUUUAUUUUAUUAUUACAAAACAUCGAGAAUUAUCGAAUUGUACUACUUCCUUCAAUUUUGUAAAUAGUAACGUAACUGUUGUAAUAACUUUCGCUAUCGUUUCCAAAAAAUUGUAAAUAAAUAAGUAUUUGAAUGCCUAGUUUUAUCCGAACUAGAACGAUAAACAUGAUAACGCGACAAGAUACAGAACAUUGUCAUUGUCGCUGUCAUUGUCGCGUGUCGCGUUUUUCGUGGGUUUCAACUAUGUCAACUCAGGGAACUUAUUUAUUUUAAUUUUACCCACAUCAGAUAAUAAUAAAUAUUUAUGUUAGGUUAUAAGAAUAUUUUAAUUUUUAUCUUAAUUUAAAAAUAAACUAAUCAAAGAUUAAUUUUUAAAGUGUAUUUUUAAGUAAACUGGAUGAUAUGUUGUUCUUAGUAAAAAGAGACUUACUGUUAGUACAUAUUAAAGCAUUGUAAUUCUUCUGUAGUAAUACGUUCCCUUUUCUUUUCUAUGAGAACAACACAUUGUAAAUAUAAGGGUUCCGUUUUUUGCCAUUUGGCUACGGAACCCUAAAAAUCCUACUUUCCUACUUUGAUAAGAGAAUACCUUUGUAAUUUUACUUAAACUGCUGUGUGAGGAUUUGUACAAAAUAUUGAUUUAGAUGACCUCUUUUUACAAUAACACCUUACCGAUUAAUAGUACCUACUCGAUAAAAAAAUGACGUUACUUUGUAUUCUUUAUAACUCCACUAAUAAUUUUGUAUGGAUGUAAAUUUGUAAAUAAGUAUUAAAAUUGUAACGAAAUUAAAAUGUCUAGUCUAAUUUAGGUCUAAAGGUGCUAAGUACUGUAUAUUAUAAUUACCAGCACUCAUGACUUUCUACGGCAAUGAAAUGGUAAUUUAGCUUCCGUUCCGUUACUAAGAAAUGACCCGGAGGACAAUUCGAACUAAAAUUUUACCACCAAAAUUAUAUCAUCUCGUUAUUCGGUAUUACGUCUUGCUCGUACCAGUACUUGUAUGUAUUAACUAAAUUACAUUAAGAUAUCUAAAUGUACAGUCAAGGUAUUAAAUAUCGACACGGACAAAGUGACAAAAAUAUGUAUACAUUACUUUAAUGCAAUAAGGUCGUGUAUACAUAUUUUUGACACUUUGUCCUUGUCGAUAUUUAAUAAUUUGACUGUACGUUCGAAUUGAGCUGCCGUAACACAUUAAUUCGUAUAAUUUACCGUGGUAACACUGUUACCACGUCUUUUACUGGCCACGGUUAUUUAGUUACGGUGAAAUUUUACGGCCUCAAUUGCCGCUACCGUCCAUGUUAAUGUUUUUUUUGGAUCACUUGUUAUGCACAACACAAUUUAUAAAAAGUAACGAGCUUAUUUAUGCAAACAGUAACUCUAUAAUAUGCUUGAGUUCUGCACAGACUGAAUAACAGUUUGUCGAAAUGUGAUGACAAUUAAACGUCAAAUUAUUAUAAAAAUAUGACGUUUACAAUCGCGUUUACAAACUUCGUCUCCCCAAAGUGGCCGCCUAUACCUUAGCCGGACUCUACCUAGUUUUUUUAAGUGUCAUUUUAUUUUAGAUCAAAGCCCACCAUUACCAACCUAAUUACCAUGGCGUGUCCGUGAAAAGCCACGGAGUGACUUAGGUUAGCGUCAAUUGUCGGUCAUACUGAGUAUGACGAAGUAUUGUUGAAAGAGAUCGUUUCUUGUAAAUGUUUCCAAAUAAAAUGUCAAGCAUUUAUUAAA